AAAAGAUAAAAAGUUUUACAGUCGCCUAACUAUAGGAAUCUUCCUGUGUGGUUGUCUACUCUUUGAGAGUUGAACUCCGUGAGAUUCAUUUGACUCUGAGAGGUUGUACAAGACCGGGGAUCAAAAUGCCACCUCACAUGAGCCAAGCGAUGAUGUUCAACCUGGUAGGAACCACUUUGAUUGUUUUUGCUCUGGCGCUGCACAUUGUGUGCCUGGUGACCCCGCACUAUUCAGAGAUUGACUUAGGUCACUUUGGUGCCAAAGUUUCGCAGCUGAUCAAAAGCAUGCCAAACUCAACAGACAGCCUUGACUUUGAGAAGCUGGCUCAGGGAGAGAAAGGUUUCAAAUUAGAUUCUAUUGAUACUGAUAUCAACUUUGGUCUUUGGGAGAUCUGCAUUUCAGGAAAAAGUGGCGUUAUUUGUAAGACAUGGGCUGAUAUUCAUGACAAAAACGUUCCAGUUGGAGUUGAGUCUGAAGCAUGGUUAAGGUCAAGCCAAGCCAUGGCCAUUAUUGGAAUCAUAUUAGCAUUUGUCACUAUCAUCAUUGCAAUAGUGAAUGUGGUUUCAAGAAGCCGCGGAGAUAGGUUGCGCUUGAUUCACCUCUUUAUUUCUGGGGGAUGUUUCUUUGCAGGUUUCUUCAUACUAGUUGGGGACCUAAUAGUGGCAGCCAACUACAAGGACAGCCUGAUGCUGCCUGUUUCUCUGAGCGCUGACCACGUCCCCCAGGUGAUGGUCCAGUAUUUCAAAGACCAGGUGAACCUAAGCUGGGGGUUUGCCUUGGACAUUGUGGCCGUAGCGCUGAUGGGAUUGGCAGCAAUGGCACACUUGAUGGGAGGUCGCAUUGCAAAGAGUGAAAACGAUGUUGUGUAAUGUUUCAUUAAUUUUCUCUCGAUUAAGGGUAAUUUUAACCUGGUCAUUAGGAGUUAUUAACUUUUUACAGCUUACAUACUGUGAGUCAGCUUUAUUAAAACACUUAUGGCUUAAAUUUGUUUUAAAGAGAUAUUUUUAUGUUUGAACGGUUACUAAAUUCGUAAUUUAAUGAGUGUUAAUAAAUUAAAUUAAAAUAUGUUUUUCUAUUGCUUACAAAUCACAGUUUAAAAAUAAUAUAAUAAGAAAAGUAUCUGACUCAAAUAAUUUAAAAUUGUGUGAGUGAUUUUUAAGGGGUUCAAUAUUCAAAUAGGCUUUCUAUUUUGUAAAUUAAUUGUUUCAUUAUUAUAAGGCAACCUCAUAGGAAAUUGGUUUUACUAUAUUGUAUAACUAUUAAUUUGAUAACAUUUUUUGUUUACUUUUUUUUUAACAAAAUAAUUCAUGCAAUUUUGGUUUAGUUAUUAUAAAUUUCAGGAUGAAAUUUUAUCUUCUUUGUACACAAGAAAUCAUUGUUUGAAAGGUGAAAAUAUUUCAAAUUUUUAAAAUUUAACUUAAUAUUAAUUUUAACUAUUCAUUUUCAACAAAUUUAAUACAAUGUUAAUAUCAAGUUAUUGAAUUGAGUUAAAAAACAUGAAUCUCUUUUGAUUUUGAGAGGCAAUAUUGUAAGUCAUGUUUUACACGACUGCCCGGUACGUGAUUAAUCUAUGUCAAAAGUUCAGAACAUUGGACAAGUCUGAACAGUUCGGGGUGAUAAUGUAAAUACAUUUUUUUUUGUACUGCAAUUAUUUACAAUAGUGAUUUGCUGUGGUUUGGUUCAGUUCCUCUUUAGUCAUCCUGGUUAAUUAUUUUAAAAAUAGUUUAUGAAAAGUUUGUGCUUGUUUUUUUUUUUUUUUUUUUUUUCAAUUUUGAAAUAUGGCUUAAUGAAUAAUUUACAGUGAACCUUAUUUCAAGUGUAUGAAUUUUUACUACUGUUACUUACACAGACAUAAUUCUCAAGGUACUUUUCCAUUUUUAUACAUUUUUUAAAUAAAUAUUCUUUAGAACUUAAGAGUCUUCCACAGAACUGUUUUUAAUAACUUGCUUGUAAAUAAUGAACAGCAUUUUUAAAAAUUUACCGUUAAACUUUUUUGGUUUGCAUGCUUUAGUUCUUUACAUAUCAUUUUUUACUUCAAAAGUACUUUUUAAUUUUUUCCUUUCGUUUGCAUGAAACUGGUGAAAUUAUGGUUUGAUAAAAUAAAAUAAAAGAAUUUUGUAGUUAACUGUAAAUGAAAAUUUAUGUCAAUACCUUCUGCUGUUUUGUUGUAAGCAGUUUUUUUUUAAUUAAAAUAUAUCCAAUGGACUCUUAUAUACACGCAUAGAAAUUAGGUUUAUUGGAUUUCUUAAUGAAUAUUAUGAUUGUUUAAAGUAAACAAUUUAACUCUGUGCUCUUUCAUUAUCCUUGACCAUUGACACACUAUAAAAUAUUUGCAGUUUUAAAAAAAAAAUUUAAAUACUAUCUUAUUAAAAAAAUUUAAACCUGCAUAUAAAUUAAAGCUAUGUGAAAGAAUGCAUGAGCACAAAUCAAAAUAAAUUUAACAAGUUAACAUAUUUUUCUGCUUUGAAUUUGGUGACCGGAAAAAAGUGCAAUUUUUAAAAAAAAUCAAGCAUUAUUAACAUUAUGAAAGAAUAACCACCUGUAAAUUGUAGCAUAAUAAAAAUGUUUAACAUGAAAUAUGAAAAAUUAGUGUAAUUAGCUUGUAUUUGCACAUUUUCUGCUUGCAGUUUGUGCUUUUUCUAGGAAUCUUUGAAUUUAUGCAUGCAAUUUUUGUCUUAAAAUCUAUGUUAAAUCCUUAGUGUCUAGAACAUGCAUAAUGAGUUGGCAAUAUUGAGCAGUGGCAGCUCAUUCAAGUUUUUCUUUAGUGAAGUCACGACCUAGGGCAGCAUUCCCACUUCUUGCGCAGGCUUGUUUAUGGCAUCUGUCCUCAUCUGGGCACAUAUCAUUCCAACAGCUUUUGUUUUGCUGUUGACUGUUUUUGUAAGGCUUUUGACUCAUUUUGUACUAGAAAUUCCAAAUCUCUGUCCUACUUUGUAUAACUCUGUUGAGUUACAUUUAUAUCCAAUACCCGAUCAGGCAACGAAGUUACUGAAUCCUUUAGCUAGGCAGUAUUCUGAAAGUAGUUGAUCAGUUUCUGUCACUAUAUAUUUUUAUUGCAAAUGUUGUCUUUUAAUUCUCGGACCCUAGCAAGUGUCAAGUUUAAAAUGCUUGACACGUCAAGAUUUACUUAGAUGUUCAGUUCAACCUCUAGCCUAUUCAGCUCUUCUGUAGAAAAUACCAGGAAGUAUGUCAUGGCUUCAGUAAUGUAAUUCACUCCACCUACUUAAUCCAUCCCUUUAUACCUAAAGGAUUUUUACAUUGAUCAGCCCAGAUUUGGCGUUUCUCUUUCAAUACCACAUUUUUACUAUAAAAGAUUGUGCCUUACUUUUAAGGUUUGUUUACAUGUAUCUACUUGUGUAUUAUACUCUGUAAAUAAAUUAAUGUACUCUUACACAACCAUGUAUUGGUGACAUAAUCAGCAUUAUAUGGGUUAACAAAACUAGCAAACACAUCUCCACAGUUAUAAAAUUAUAUAUGCCUUAUUGCAUAACCAAAUUAUAGUGCAUUUUAUGUUAUGGUGAAUUUGUUUUUAUGUAAUUAAAUUAUUACAUUUAGAUGAGUGGUUCUUAACUUUUUUGGAGGAACCAAACCCCACGUUUCGUAUGCACAUUCACUGAACCCUUCUUAAUAGUUUUAUCGUUGUGAAUCGUGAGUUGGGUGUGUGUCUUGACCUCCGCCAAAAAUCUGAAACUGACUCAUCGAAUCCCUGGGGAUCGAUCGAACCCAGGUUAAGAACCACUACUUAGAUUAAAAUUGAUUUCAACUUAUAUUGUAUUAAAAUGUCUUAACUGAAGAAUAUGUAAGUUAUACUAUGUAACUCUCUUUACCAGGGGCUUUGUAACAUUCUUAUUAAUGUACUGUUGAGAUUUACUUACUUUUAUACUUACGUUCUAUAUACAACUGUUUAAGAUGGAAUUGAAUGUUAGUGAGUUAAAGCUAAGUUUUCGAUUCAAGUAUUAAUUGCAUUGAUUGAAAAUAUGGCAUGGUUUAUUCCAUUCACCAUUCAAAUGUAAUAAAAUAUUUUAUUCAA